UGCUCCUCCUCAGAUCCAGCAGUUUCCUGACGAUAUGAAGAUCCUGGCGGGUCAGGAGGUCAGUCUGCUGUGUCAGUUUACUGGAGCUCAGCCCAUCAGCUGCACCUGGCUCAAGUUCCGCAAACCAAUUCAGGAAGGUCAGGGCAUCUCGGUGGUGAGCACAGACAGCAGCAGUCAGCUGACCAUCACAGAAGGACAGCAGGAGCACUGCGGCUGCUACACCAUCGAGCUCAAGAACAGCCACGGCGUGAGACAGGCCGCCCUCAACCUCACUAUAGUCGAUAAACCCGACCCCCCUGCCCGCAUCCCAGCAGCCUCCGACAUCUGUAAGUCCAGCCUCACACUGUCCUGGUACGGGCCGACAUACGACGGCGGCAGCGCCGUCCAGUCCUACAACCUGGAGACGUGGAGCUCUGUGGACAUGAAGUGGACAGAUCUGGCUUCCUGUAACAGCACCUCCUAUAACGUGCAGAACCUACUUCCAGACAGACAGUACAAGUUUCGAGUGAGAGCAGUGAAUAUUUAUGGUGUGGGAGAGCCCAGUGCCGAGUCUGCGCCCGUGCAGGUGGGGAUGGAGGCUGAAGGGGAAAAUAAGGAAGAUGAAGCUGAGCCCUCAGAUGACG